AUGAGAGAGGGGUCGCCGCCCCUAACACAAGACUCUACGCCUCCAUCCUCCGUCACCUUCAUGUUGAGAGCUUCGUGCCUCGCGUCCCAUGCUGCUCCACCGUCCCAUGCUGCCCCACCGUCUCAUGCUGCUCCACCGUCCCAUGCUGCUCCACCGUCCCAUGUUGCCCCACCGUCCCAUGCUGCUCCACCGUCCCAUGCUGCCCCACCGCCCAAUACUGCUCCACCGUCCCAUACUGCUCCACCGCCCCAUGGUGCCCCACCGUCCCAUGCUGCCCCACCGCCCAAUACUGCUCCACCGUCCCAUGCUGCUCCACCGUCCCAUACUGUCCCACCGUCCCAUGCUGCUCCACCGCCCCAUGCUGCUCCACCGUCCCAUACUGCUCCACCGCCCCAUGCUGCCCCACCGCCCCAUGCUGCCCCACCGCCCCAUGCUGCCCCACCGUCCCAUGCUGCCCCACCGCCCAAUACUGCUCCACCGCCCCAUGCUGCUCCACUGUCCCAUACUGCUCCACCGUCCCAUGCUGCUCCACCGUCCCAUGCUGCUCCACCGUCCCAUGCUGCUCCACCGCCCCAUGCUGCUCCACCGUCCCAUGCUGCCUCACCGUCCCAUGCUGCUCCACCGUCCCAUACUGCCCCACCGCCCCAUGCUGCUCCACCGUCCCAUGCUGCCCCACCGUCCCAUGCUGCUCCACCGCCCCAUGCUGCCCCACCGUCCCAUGCUGCCCCACCGCCCCAUGCUGCUCCACCGUCCCAUGCUGCUCCACCGCCCCAUGCUGCUCCACCACCCCAUGCUGCUCCACCGUCCCAUGCUGCUCCACCGUCCCAUGCUGCCCCACCGCCCAAUACUGCUCCACCGCCCCAUGCUGCUCCACUGUCCCAUACUGCUCCACCGUCCCAUGCUGCUCCACCGUCCCAUGCUGCUCCACCGUCCCAUGCUGCUCCACCGCCCCAUGCUGCUCCACCGUCCCAUGCUGCCGCACCGUCCCAUGCUGCUCCACCGUCCCAUACUGCCCCACCGCCCCAUGCUGCUCCACCGUCCCAUGCUGCCCCACCGUCCCAUGCUGCUCCACCGCCCCAUGCUGCCCCACCGUCCCAUGCUGCCCCACCGCCCCAUGCUGCUCCACCGUCCCAUGCUGCCCCACCGCCCAAUACUGCUCCACCGCCCCAUGCUGCCCCACCGCCCAAUACUGCUCCACCGCCCCAUGCUGCCCCACCGCCCAAUACUGCUCCACCGUCCCAUGCUGCUCCACCGUCCCAUACUGCUCCACCGCCCCAUGCUGCCCCACCGCCCCAUGCUGCCCCACCGCCCCAUGCUGCCCCACCGUCCCAUGCUGCCCCACCGUCCCAUGCUGCUCCACCGUCCCAUGCUGCUCCACCGUCCCAUGCUGCUCCACCGCCCCAUGCUGCUCCACCGUCCCAUGCUGCUCCACCGUCCCAUACUGCUCCACCGCCCCAUGCUGCUCCACCGCCCCAUGCUGCUCCACCGCCCAAUACUGCUCCACCGCCCCAUGCUGCCCCACCGCCCAAUACUGCUCCACCGUCCCAUGCUGCUCCACCGUCCCAUACUGCUCCACCGCCCCAUGCUGCCCCACCGCCCCAUGCUGCCCCACCGCCCCAUGCUGCCCCACCGUUCCAUGCUGCCCCACCGUCCCAUGCUGCUCCACCGUCCCAUGCUGCCCCACCGUCCCAUGCUGCUCCACCGUCCCAUGCUGCUCCACCGUCCCAUGCUGCUCCACCGUCCCAUGCUGCUCCACCGUCCCAUGCUGCUCCACCGCCCCAUGCUGCUCCACCGUCCCAUGCUGCUCCACCGUCCCAUGCUGCUCCACCGCCCCAUGCUGCCCCACCGUCCCAUGCUGCCCCACCGUCCCAUGCUGCUCCACCGUCCCAUGCUGCUCCACCGUCCCAUGCUGCUCCACCGUCCCAUGCUGCUCCACCGUCCCAUGCUGCUCCACCGCCCCAUGCUGCUCCACCGUCCCAUGCUGCUCCACCGUCCCAUGCUGCCCCACCGUCCCAUACUGCUCCACCGCCCCAUGCUGCCCCACCGCCCCAUGGUGCCCCACCGCCCAAUACUGCUCCACCGUCCCAUGCUGCCCCACCGUCCCAUACUGCUCCACCGUCCCAUGCUGCUCCACCGCCCCAUGCUGCCCCACCGCCCCAUGCUGCUCCACCGUCCCAUGCUGCUCCACCGCCCCAUGCUGCUCCACCGUCCCAUACUGCUCCACCGUCCCAUACUGCUCCACCGCCCCAUGCUGCCCCACCGUCCCAUGCUGCUCCACCGUCCCAUGCUGCCCCACCGCCCCAUGCUGCCCCACCGUCCCAUACUGCUCCACCGCCCCAUGCUGCCCCACCGUCCCAUGCUGCUCCACCGUCCCAUGCUGCCCCACCGCCCCAUGCUGCCCCACCGUCCCAUACUGCUCCACCGCCCCAUGCUGCCCCACCGUCCCAUGCUGCUCCACCGUCCCAUGCUGCUCCACCGCCCCAUGCUGCUCCACUGUCCCAUACUGCUCCACCGUCCCAUACUGCUCCACCGCCCCAUGCUGCCCCACCGUCCCAUGCUGCUCCACCGCCCCAUGCUGCCCCACCGCCCAAUACUGCCCCACCGCCCCAUGCUGCCCCACCGCCCCAUGCUGCUCCACCGCCCCAUACUGCUCCACCGUCCCAUACUGCUCCACCGUCCCAUGCUGCUCCACCGUCCCAUACUGCUCCACCGCCCCAUGCUGCCCCACCGCCCAAUACUGCUCCACCGUCCCAUGCUGCCCCACCGUCCCAUGCUGCCCCACCGUCCCAUACUGCUCCACCGCCCCAUGCUGCCCCAACGCCCCAUGCUGCCCCACCGCCCAAUACUGCUCCACCGUCCCAUGCUGCUCCACCGUCCCAUACUGCUCCACCGUCCCAUGCUGCUCCACCGUCCCAUGCUGCUCCACCGUCCCAUACUGCUCCACCGCCCCAUGCUGCCCCACCGCCCAAUACUGCUCCACCGCCCCAUGCUGCCCCACCGCCCCAUGCUGCUCCACCGUCCCAUGCUGCUCCACCGCCCCAUGCUGCCCCACCGCCCCAUGCUGCCCCACCGCCCCAUGCUGCUCCACCGUCCCAUACUGCUCCACCGCCCCAUGCUGCCCCACCGCCCCAUGCUGCUCCACCGUCCCAUGCUGCUCCACCGUCCCAUGCUGCUCCACCGCCCCAUGCUGCCCCACCGUCCCAUGCUGCCCCACCGCCCCAUGCUGCUCCACCGCCCCAUGCUGCCCCACCGCCCCAUGCUGCUCCACCGCCCCAUACUGCUCCACCGUCCCAUACUGCUCCACCGUCCCAUGCUGCUCCACCGUCCCAUACUGCUCCACCGCCCCAUGCUGCCCCACCGCCCAAUACUGCUCCACCGCCCCAUGCUGCCCCACCGCCCCAUGCUGCCCCACCGCCCAAUACUGCCCCACCGUCCCAUGCUGCUCCACCGUCCCAUACUGCUCCACCGCCCCAUGCUGCCCCACCGCCCCAUGCUGCCCCACCGCCCAAUACUGCUCCACCGUCCCAUGCUGCCCCACCGUCCCAUACUGCUCCACCGCCCCAUUCUGCCCCACCGCCCCAUGCUGCCCCACCGCCCAAUACUGCUCCACCGUCCCAUGCUGCUCCACCGUCCCAUACUGCUCCACCGUCCCAUGCUGCUCCACCGUCCCAUGCUGCUCCACCGUCCCAUACUGCUCCACCGCCCCAUGCUGCCCCACCGCCCCAUGGUGCCCCACCGCCCCAUGCUGCCCCACCGUCCCAUACUGCCCCACCGUCCCAUGCUGCUCCACCGUCCCAUGCUGCUCCACCGUCCCAUACUGCUCCACCGCCCCAUGCUGCCCCACCGCCCCAUGCUGCCCCACCGCCCCAUGCUGCUCCACCGUCCCAUACUGCUCCACCGCCCCAUGCUGCCCCACCGCCCCAUGCUGCCCCACCGCCCCAUGCUGCCCCACCGCCCCAUGCUGCCCCACCGUCCCAUGCUGCUCCAUCGCCCCAUGCUGCCCCACCGUCCCAUGCUGCUCCACCGCCCCAUGCUGCCCCACCGCCCCGAGCUGCUCCACCGCCCCAUGCUGCCCCACCGUCCCAUGCUGCUCCACCGUCCCAUGCUGCUCCACCGUCCCAUGCUGCUCCUCCGUCCCAUACUGCUCCACCGCCCCAUGCUGCCCCACCGUCCCAUGCUGCUCCACCGUCCCAUGCUGCUCCACCGUCCCAUGCUGCUCCACCGUCCCAUUCUGCUCCACCGUCCCAUGCUGCUCCACCGCCCCAUGCUGCUCCACCGUCCCAUACUGCUCCACCGCCCCAUGCUGCUCCACCGCCCCAUGCUGCCCCACCGUCCCAUGCUGCUCCACCGUCCCAUGCUGCCCCACCGCCCCAUGCUGCUCCACCGCCCCAUGCUGCUCCACCGUCCCAUGCUGCUCCUCCGUCCCAUGCUGCUCCACCGCCCCAUGCUGCUCCACCGUCCCAUGCUGCUCCACCGUCCCAUACUGUUCCACCGCCCCAUGCUGCCCCACCGCCCCAUGCUGCCCCACCGUCCCAUGCUGCCCCACCGUCCCAUGCUGCCCCACCGUCCCAUGCUGCCCCACCGUCCCAUACUGUCCCACCGUCCCAUGCUGCCCCACCGUCCCAUUCUGUCCCACCGUCCCAUGCUGCCCCACCGUCCCAUGCUGCCCCACCGUCCCAUGCUGCCCCACCGUCCCAUGCUGCCCCACCGUCCCAUGCUGCCCCACCGUCCCAUGCUGCCCCACCGCCCCAUACUGCCCCACCGUCCCAUGCUGCUCCACCGUCCCAUGCUGCCCCACCGUCCCAUGCUGCCCCACCGUCCCAUGCUGCCCCACCGUCCCAUGCUGCUCUACCGUCCCAUGCUGCCCCACCGUCCCAUGCUGCCCCACCGUCCCAUGCUGCCCCACCGUCCCAUGCUGCUCCACCGCCCCAUGCUGCCCCACCGCCCCAUGCUGCCCCACCGCCCCAUGCUGCCCCACUGCCCCAUGCUGCUCCACCGCCCCAUGCUGCCCCACCGUCCCAUGCUGCCCCACCGCCCCAUGCUGCCCCACCGUCCCAUGCUGCUCCACCGUCCCAUGCUGCUCCACCGUCCCAUGCUGCCCCACCGUCCCAUGCUGCCCCACCGUCCCAUGCUGCUCCACCGUCCCAUGCUGCCGAACCGUCCCAUGCAGCCCUACCGUCCCAUGCUGCUCCACCGUCCCAUGCUGCUCCACCGUCCCAUGCUGCCCCACCGUCCCAUGCUGCCCCACCGUCCCAUGCUGCUCCACCGUCCCAUGCUGCCCCACCGUCCCAUGCUGCCCCACCGUCCCAUGCUGCUCCACCGUCCCAUGCUGCUCCACCGUCCCAUGCUGCCCCACCGUCCCAUGCUGCCCCACCGUCCCAUACUGUCCCACCGUCCCAUACUGUCCCACCGUCCCAUACUGCCCCACCGACCCAUGCUACCCCACCGUCCCAUACUGUCCCACCGUCCCAUACUGUCCCACCGCCCCAUGCUGCCCCACCGUCCCAUACUGCCCCACCGUCCCAUGCUGCUCCACCGUCCCAUACUGCUCCACCGUCCCAUGCUGCCCCACCGUUCCAUGCUGCUCCACCGUCCCAUACUGUCCCACCGUCCCAUGCUGCCCCACCGUCCCAUGCUGCUCCACCGUCCCAUGCUGCCCCACCGUCCCAUGCUGCUCCACCGUCCCAUACUGUCCCACCGUCCCAUGCUGCCCCACCGUCCCAUGCUGCUCCACCGUCCCAUGCUGCCCCACCGUCCCAUGCUGCUCCACCGUCCCAUACUGUCCCACCGUCCCAUGCUGCCCCACCGUCCCAUGCUGCUCCACCGUCCCAUGCUGCCCCACCGUCCCAUGCUGCUCCACCGUCCCAUACUGUCCCACCGUCCCAUGCUGCUCCACCGUCCCAUGCUGCCCCACCGUCCCAUGCUGCUCCACCGUCCCAUGCUGCCCCACCGUCCCAUGCCGUCCCACCGUACCUCAACCCCUGA